GCAGGAGGGAGGAAGCGCGCGGGAAGGUGAGGCCAGCCAAGCUGGGGGCCUGCGAGCUCCGGGACGCUGCUGGGGUGAGUGUGACUUUAAAUCCGAGCCCCCCGCCCCCUCGGAGGCAGGGGCCGGGGCUCCCGCGGGCAGAGCCGGGCGGCGGCGGGCGCGGUGAUUGGCGGCCGGUCGGGGCCCGCCCCUCAGCGUGGGGGACGCGGGCCCGGGGCGCGCUCGGCCGGGCUGCAGCUCCCACCGCCGGGGCCCGGACUCGUGCUCUCUCGGCCUCGCCCGGCCGCGCCCGCCCGGCCCGCAGCGCCCGGAGCCGCCGGUGCCAGCCGAUGAGCUGGGGAAGUUGCGAGGAGCGAGUCCCGCCGCCGCCUGAUUCCGCGCCCGCAGUCGGGGGCGCAGCGCGCCGGCCUCUGGAGUGCGGAUGCCCCCCCGGAGCCGCGGCUUGGCAGCAGAGAUGCCAGUUUUAGCCAUGGACAGUGGAGUGGUAGAGUGAAGCCUGCCCCAGUGAUGCCAAAAUACUAGCUUUUGCUAAGGUGGGUCUCUAUACCUUGCGCUGCCAGCAGACUAUGGGUACGACGGCCAGCACAGCCCAGCACUCAGUUUCCACGGGCUCCUCCUUGGAGGGCCUCCAGGGCAGUGGCAGCAUGGAUGGUCGGCACUCGCUUAGCGUCCACUCCUUCCAGACCGCGAGCUUGCACAACAGCAAGGCCAAGUCCAUCAUCCCCAACAAAGUGGCCCCUGUCGUGAUCACGUACAACUGCAAGGAGGAGUUCCAGAUUCACGAUGAGCUGCUGAAGGCUCAUUACACACGGGGGCGGCUCUCAGAUGCCACUCCGGAGCAUUACCUGGUGCAGGGCCGCUACUUCCUGGUGCGGGAUGUUACUGAGAAGAUGGACUUACUGGGCACGGGGCAGAGCUGUGGGGCCCCCAACUUCCGGCAGGUGCGGGGCGGAUUAGCCGUGUUUGGCAUGGGACAGCCCAGCCUCUCAGGGUUCAAACAGGUCCUCCAGAAACUCCAGAAGGAUGGACACAAGGAGUGUCUCAUCUUCUGUGUGCGGGAGGAGCCCGUGCUGUUUCUUCGCACUGACGAGGACUUCCUGCCCUACACACCCCGUGAGAAGCAGAACCUGCACGAGAACCUCCGCGGCCUUGGGCCUGCCAGCCAGGCCGAGAGCUGGGAGUUGGCCAUCCGGAAGGAGGUCCACGACUUUGCCCAGCUGAGCGAGAACACCUACCAUGUCUACCACGACACAGAGGACCUGCGGGGAGAGCCCCACGCUGUAGCCAUCCAGGGCGAAGAUGAUGUGCACGUCACUGAGGAAGUGUACAAACGACCCCUGUUUUUGCAGCCUACCUGCAGGUAUCAUCGCCUUCCCCUGCCUGAGCAAGGAGCCCCUCUGGAAGCCCAGUUGGAUGCCUUUGUCAGUGUCCUUCGGGCGACUCCCAGCCUCCUGCAGCUUCAAGACACCCCUGGGCAUCCCCCUGCGCUCCUCUUCAACUGCCAGACAGGGGUGGGCAGGACCAACCUGGGCAUGGUUUUGGGAACCCUCAUUCUAUUUCACCACCAUGGGACUGCCUUGAGGUCCGAGGCUGCGCCCCCACAGGGCAAGCCGCUGCCCAUGGAGCAACUCCAGCUGAUCCAGAGCUUUCUCCUCAUGGUGCCCCAAGGCAGGAAGAUCGUGGAGGAGGUGGACAGAGCCAUUGCUGCCUGUGCAGAGCUGCACGACCUGAAGGAAGUGGCCCUGGAGAACCAGAGGAAGUUGGCAGGACCCCUGGUGGAGAGCUCAGCCCAGGGAAGCGUCAAUCAGCACAGUGUCCAGCAGAGGGCGAUGCAGAGCCUGGAGCGAUAUUUCUACCUGAUCCUGUUUAAUUAUUAUCUCCACGAGCAGUACCCGCUGGCCUUCGCGCUCAGUUUCAGCCGCUGGCUGUGUGUCCACGCCGAGCUGUACCGUCUCCCUGUGACACUGAGCUCAGCGGGGCCUGUGGCCCCUGGAGACCUCCUGGCCAAGGCCUCCCUGGGGCCAGAUGACCUCGUCUCUGCAGAUGCGCUUGGCACCCUCAGAGAGAUGGAUGUGGCCAACUUCCGGCGCGUGCCCCGCAUGUCCAUCUAUGGCACCGCCCAGCCCAGCGCCAAGGCCCUGGGGACCAUUCUGGCCUACCUGACAGACGCCAAGAGGAAGCUGCGGCAGGUGGUGUGGGUGAACCUGAGGGAAGAGGCGGUGCUGGAGUGUGAUGGGCACACCCACAGCCUGCAGCAUCCAGGGCCCCCGCUGGCCUCUGAGCAGCUGGAGAACCUGGAGACCCAGCUGAAGACCCACCUGAACAUGCUUCCCCCAGGUGCGGAGGGCCCACGCACGCACAGGUUCCAGACGUGCCUCACCAUGCGGGAGGUCUUCAGCCAGCACCGUGGGGCCUGCCCUGGCCUCACCUAUCACCGCAUCCCCAUGCCUGACUUCUGUGCCCCCCGAGAGGAGGAUUUUGACUGGCUUCUGCAGGCGCUGCGGACAGCUCUCACCAAGGACCCGGGCGCUGGCUUUGUGUUCAGCUGCCUCAGUGGCCGGGGCAGGACCACCACUGCCAUGGUGCUGGCUGUGCUCGCAGUCUGGCACAUCCAGGGCUUCCCCGAGAUGGGCGAAGAGGAGCUUGUGAGCGUACCUGAUGCUAAGUUCACCAAGGGCGAGUUUGAGGUGGUGAUGAAGGUGGUGCAGCUGCUGCCCGACGGGCACAGGGUGAAGAAGGAGGUGGACUCGGCGCUGGACACUGUCAGUGAGACCAUGACACCCAUGCACUACCACCUGCGAGAAGUCAUCAUCAGCACCUACCGCCAGGCGAAGGCCGCCAAAGUGGAGCAGGAGGCACUGAGGCUGCAGCUGCGGAGCCUGCAGUACCUGGAGCGCUACAUCUUCCUGGUUCUCUUCAAUGCUUACCUGCACCUGGAGAAGGCCGGCUCCUGGCAGAGGCCCUUCAGCACCUGGAUGCGGGAGGUAGCAGCUGAGGCUGGCAUCUACGAGAUCCUCAACCAGCUGGGCUUCCCUGAGUUGGAGCACAUGGAGGAGCAGCCCUUCUCCAGGCUGCGCUACCGCUGGCAGGAGCAGAACCACAGUCCAGAGACGUCAGCUUCGGGGGACUUCCCGUAGGAGGUGCCCCUGCCCCUAACCCUGCCCUUCUUGCAGGACCCCAUGCAGGCUCCGCCCACCCCCAGACACUUAGGUGCUCUUCAUUUAGGAGUGGCCGUGAGGAAGUGGUUUCCCAGCUUCCUGAGGGACACUGGCUUUUAUGAAAGAACUUGUGUGGGACCCUCAGCACAAGUCAGACUUGGGGAUGGCAGGCCCCAGGAAGGCCUGCUGAGUGGUGGUGGUGGGAGGCUGCUCUCAGCCCUCUAAGGAGCUCACUCCCCAGUGGAAUAGCCAAACAGAGCCACUUGCUGCCCUGCCCUCCCUUGACCCCUCAGCACAGUCCUGACAGCCUAGAGCAGAGCGGGCAGCCGGUUACUGACCAGCCACUCACCCCCACUGCUCUGCCCCUGGCUCCCUUCCUGCCUGAGCAGGGCCUGGGGGCCUCCUGGCUUCCCGGGAAGCAAACACAGCUCUGGGGAGGACGUGCUACCUUAAAGGCAGCUUCACCAGGUUUUCUUGCCUCUCCUGCUCCAGCUCCAGCUCCAGCUCCAGCUCCAGCUCCAGCCUAGAGACUUCUGGAAGAAAUGACGGCCACAUGGCCUCAGAGGCCCACAGAGGUCUUUCUCCCACCCCAGCCCCCUGCUGGCAGGACUGUGGAGGUUUCCAAGGAUUUGGGGAUAUCUGGGAGUUCUCUGGGGGGGGGAGGAGGAGAGAGCUUCCAGAAGAGAGAGGGUGCUGCCCUGAAGACUGCUGGGUUUUCCAUAAGCCCGUGGGGCUUGCUGAGAAGCCAAAGGCCACACUGGGGGCCUCUUCUUCCCUCUUCCCCCCAUCAGACCAGCUUUACCCAGGACCCCUACUUGUUGCAGGACCCCAAGUACUACAGAUGGCUCUCGGUGAACUUGGAGUGUGUUCAGCUGGGCUCAGGAGCGUGUGGGGGAUUUACCUGGGCCCCAGGCCAUCGUGGCUGAGCUCCCUUGAGCUCCCUUGAGCUGCCUUCGUGAGCAUCAGACACAGUCAAGUGCUGGGCCAAGUUAGAGGCGCAGGAAACCAGCUGUCCAGGGGACAUCACGGCCCUUCCUCUGAGGCCCAGUAUCAUUGGGGAUGCAGGGCCUGGCAGUGGGGGGCUGUCCUCCUGCCUGACUUCAUGGGGAGCAGGGGCCAGUCUGUGGUUGGGUGCCACACUUCUGCAGAGAAGCAGGUGGGGGUGACUGGUCAUGGGAUUUAGAAAGGGGAGAAGAGGCUGACAUUUGUAUCUGCCAGUGACGGGGAAAUGUUUGACCAUCUUGACUGACUUCUUUUGCAAAACUACUGUACAUCUGUUCACUGCCUUUUCAGAUUUGUUUUUUGUUGCUUCUGGUUUUUUUUUUUUCUUCAUUUUUGCAUGUUCAGAAAGGCUCAAUUUUUUGUAGGAAAGGUCCAGAUGAAGGGCCAGAGAUCAGGGCUGAGCUGGGAGGGCUCUUUUGUGCUCUUGUGACUGGUUCUAAAUUUCAACUGUGCUGGGACCACUGGCUGGUCAUGGCACUUCUCUGCCUCAGUUUCCCCAUCUGUAAAAUGGGAGAAUAAUACUUGCUACCUACCUCACAGGGGUGUUGUGAGGAUUCAUUUGUGAUUUCUUUCUUUCUUUUGUACAAAGCUUUUGAGCAUUAAAACCAGAAAAAUGGGAA